UUCUUGGGCAAAACCUGGAAAAUUUUACAAAUUUGGUCAAUCGGCCAUCAAUUUGUUGAAUAUCUCGAUAAGUUGGCAAAGCCAAUUUUAGUGAUUUUACAGACAGCACAGAGACAAAUCUCUGACUAUCCAGACAAGUUUCUGUCCUGAAAUGGUGGCUUGAUUAGCGGAUAAACACGCCACGAAUCUGAAUUUCACAUCGAAAAUCGGUCAACAAAAACAAAAAGAUGAACACGGGGAAUUCUAAACCAAAAAGGAAUAAUCAAAGGACCACAAGAGGUGGCAAGAUGAGAGGAAAUGUGGAUAAAGGAAUAUUUACAGAGGGAGUGUAUAACAAUCCAAGGCUAACACACUCAGCUAGUGCCCUAAUUGGAUGCAAUGUCCAAGUACAAGUGAAAAAUGGAACAGUUUAUGAAGGAAUAUUCAGAACAUUCUCACCAAAGAUGGAAGUGGUCCUAGAAAUGGCACACGUAGUAGAGGCGGGACAAACAUUAAAUUCUGUACCCCCACAAGAACGCAUCGUUGAAAAAGUGAUAUUCAAUCUUCAUGACAUCACAAUGCUUACUGCCCUGAAUGUCGAUCUCGAUUAUGCAAUAAAAGAUACCUUCACAGACACCGCUAUAUCUGGCAAACAUAAUCUCAAUGGAGAACUAGAGAAGGAGCUGCAGCCAUGGGAGGCAGAUGCAGGUGGCAUGGAACUAGAUCUAGAAGAUGGGAGGUCAUCGGGCCAGAAUGGCUGGGACCCUAAUGAAAUGUUCAGAGUAAAUAAUGAAAAAUUUCAAGUGGAAUCGUCAUAUGAUUCAUCACUAGCGCAAUACACUACUCCGCUUGACAGAAAAAAUACAGCAGAAUACAAAGAAAGAGAGCGGAAUGCUGCCAGGCUCGCUGCUGAAAUCGAACGGGAUGAAUCGUCAAAGCAUCGAUUAAAUUUAGAAAAUGGUGACGAAGAAAUGUUAUAUAGUGCUGUCAUCCGUGACGGAGAAAAUACAGAGGGAGGUGCUCCUACAGGGGGCGCUGUUAUAGAGGGAAAAUACGUACCUCCCCAUUUACGAAAAUCAGUGGCUCAUGGUCGCGCUAUUCCACGUGUGCCAGGGUCAGGCUCUACCCCGUCCCCACCCCAGGGAUCUCCAAAUAAACCACUUGUAGAUACAAGAAAGCAAAUCAAUGGAGGAGUUGAUUCAAAUAUUGAAGAAAAACUAGGCAAUAGUCCAGAGAAAGUAGCUGCUGCAGCCGCUAACAGUGAUUUAAAAAAUGAAGAUAAAAGACCUAAUAAUAAAGACACAAGUCCAGAUAUAAAUAAAAAAGCCCGAAACCAGCAGAUCCAGGAGUUGAGAAGUUUCCAGGAGACCUUUAAAUUAUCAGAUACAAAAUCUGAGAGAGAAAAAAAGACAAAAGAAAAAGAAACUCCUCUAAAAGAAGACCCUCAAAUUCAACAGCAACAACAGCAGCAGCAGCAACAAUUACAACAAGACCAUACAGAACAGCCACAACAAGCACAGCAACAAUACAUAGAACAGCAACAACAACAGACACAACAGUCUCACACUGGAGAAGAGCUAAGACAAGAAGACACCCAAAGACAACAAGAUUCAGAAAAGACUGAAGAAGUAGAGUCUGUGAAACACUCAACCCUAAAUCCAAAUGCAAAGGAAUUUGUCUUCAACCCCACGGCCAAACCAUUCAUACCAAAACAAGAGUAUAAUCCUGUUCCCACACCCCCAAGGCCACAGACACAGAGCCCAGUUAUACAACCCCAGCCACAGUUCCCUACUAUGCCAUAUCAACCGAUGAACAUGAACUACAUUAUUCAGCCCCAGCAACAGCCUCAGCAGCAGCGCUUCCCCAGACCUGGAAAAACUGCUGUGGUUUCAGUGAAUCCGACAUCCAACUUUAGUCAGAAUCCUGCUAAUGUGACGGGGCAACCUAUUGUGUUGGGUAACCCUGUACAAGGACAGCCCCAGGGUGUUCCAACAAUUCUAUAUAACAUGGGCAGUAACGUGAGGAUGCCUCUGGCAGCACAACUCAUGCCUCAGUUUGUCCAACAACAGCAACAGCAGCAACAACAGCAACAGCAGCAGAGUAAUGGAGAAUCCCAACAAACACAACAGCAGCAACAGCAGUCACAGCAGCAACAGAUACAACAGACACAGCAACAACCUACCCAGUAUUACAUCCCACAGGGUGGAAUACCAACACACGUGCAGAUGCACCCACAGCCAGCACACUUGCCUAACCCCCAGGGGAGCCAACAUCAGCAGGGGGCUCAACACAUCCCUGGCCAGCCUCCCCACCCCUCCCCCAGCCCUGUACAUGUCCAGCCCCAGGGUCCACCGCCCCAAUCGGGCACUCCCCAGUUGAUGUAUCAACCCGGCCCACCUCAACAACAGCAUAUACCCCAACAACACCAACAGCACCCCACUCAACACAUCCCUAACCCUCAGGCUCACCCCCAGGCACCAUCAUUACAACCCAGCCCCAACACGCCGACGUCACCACACUCAAUCCACAACAGCCAGGGUUAUAAUUUUGCGACGUACCAACAACAACCUCCCCAACAACAGAUGGCACCACAGAUGACAAUGGCCCAUACGGGGCACACUAAUCCCCAGCAGACGUCAACGCCACAUGCGCAAACUCCGCAAAUCGUGAUGAUGCCCCCCACUCCCCAACAAUUGCAACAACCGACCCCCCAGCAACAUCAACCACCCCCACAACCCGCACAUCAGUUUAACCCCCAACAGGUCAACAUGCAAGGACAUAGUCAAGCAACAAUGGCCCCACCCACACAGCAUACUAUGGUUGCCCAUCCCCAGGGCAUUAUGACGUCAACUGCGUCAAAUGUUCACCCCCAGAUGCAUUACUCCAUUCACCAACAAGUUCACACACAGGCACCUCAACAGAUGGCUCCACAGCAGUAUCAACACAAUCAAUGAAUCUAGUCUAGUCUAGCUACAUAUUAGAUAUACCUGCACAAGCUGAUGAUUGGCCACUCCAGUACAUUGAUAUUUGAGGAAACCUAGAAACUGUUAAAAAUAAAAGUUGAAUUGUUUUACUGUGAACAGAAACACUAUGAAUCAAACAAGAGGAUUAAGAAACUGUCAAGAGGAUCAAGAAACUGUCAAGAGGAUUAAGAAACUG